UCUCUCUCUCUCUCUCUCUCUCUCUCUCUCUCUACUGUUGGCUGUAUAGCAAAGUGUCGGUUUGUGUCCGCCAUAACUAUAUACGGUUGUAGAAUUAGGGUUUUGUUAAGUGGAUAAGAGCGGAUAAUGGAGAGCUCACUUAGGUAUGGCGGAGACUCCAAAUCCUUGAGAAUCCAUGCUAAGGAAAUGUACCCCAUCGCCACCGACUCCAAUACUCUAUUGCAGCUUCAUGGAGAGCUAGACACAAGGCUUGGAGCUCCAACUUAUCUUAGUGCGAUGAUAAGGCAUUUCUAUCCUGAUGUAUCAGCCAGCAUUGGCACAGGUGUUCAAUACACUAGGCACGACAAGUUAAGGUACAGUGUUCGUGGAAAGAAGACAUAUCCAGUGACUAACAAUGGGUUGAUAAACUUUAACAUCAAGGGUCGAUUUAUUAUUGACAAGGAAUUUAAAAAGAGGGAGUCCCAAGGAGCAGCUGAACUUAAUUGGAUCAUCUUCAAUUUUAAAAAAGACCAAGAUUUGAGAUUCAAAGUUGGAUAUGAAGUCGUUGAUAAGAUUCCGUACUUUCAGAUUAAGGAAAAUAAUUGGACGUUCAAUGCUGACGGUAAAGGCAAAUGGAAUGUGAGAUAUGACUUGUGAGAAGGAAAUUUUUAACUGCAUCUUUAGGUGAGAUGUCAACUAGUGGCAAGUAGGAUUCUCCCUUCAGAUUUCACUUGUGAUGCUAGUCAUUUGGAAGGUGUAUGAUUGAAAAUUGUAUGUUGAUGUCGAUAUCUGAUUAACGUACGUGAACUUAUCUCAGUUUUCAUAUUUCAUACAUGGUUACAUUUGGGCCUUAA